UCCCGUCUCUCUCUCACUCGGUUCCCAGAGAGGGAUAUAUAUAUAUAUAUAAUAUAUAGAUUUCGAUCCAGAGAAUCUACAAGAUGUUACGGCCGUGUUUGUGGGUGGCCCUUUUACUGACCAUAGCUGGUGUUAAUGGUCAAGGCAAGGAAAAGGAGGAGUUCCAAUGCCCCUCACAUAUUGCCAAUGGAAAUUAUGCUGAUCCGGCUACCUGCCGUCGCUUUUACCAGUGCGUUGAUGGUUUUCCCUAUUUGAAUCGUUGUCCCUCUGGACUGUUCUUCGAUGAUUUGCAAAAGUUCUGCACCUUCAAGGAUGAGGCCAAGUGCGGUCCUUUGCCAACAACGCCCGCUCCGGCCACGGAAGCACCUGCCGAUACCGCCCAAAGGUGCAACACGGAGGAGUGUUCCUUGCCCUAUUGCUUUUGCUCCAAGGACGGCACUCAGAUACCCGGCGGCUUGGAGGCCGAAAAGGUCCCUCAAAUCAUUAUGCUAACCUUCGAUGGAGCUGUCAACUUGAAUAAUUAUGAUCAUUAUCAAAAGAUUUUCAAUGGCAAGCGUAAGAAUCCAAAUGGAUGUCUGAUUCGUGGCACUUUCUUCAUGUCGCACGAGUACAGCAACUACCAGCAGAUUCAGCAUUUGGGAUAUGCCGGACACGAAAUCGGAACGGAGAGCAUCUCACAGCAGUUGGGACUCCAGGACAAGGGUUACGAGGAGUGGGUUGGCGAGAUGAUUGGCAUGCGCGAGAUCCUGCGACACUUUGCCAAUGUGUCCGUCAGGGAUGUGGUCGGUAUGCGAGCUCCGUUCCUCAAGCCUGGCCGCAACACCCAAUACAAGGUUCUGGAAGACUUUGGUUAUAUCUACGAUAGUUCGAUCACCGUUCCCCCAGUGGCCGUGCCAGUGUGGCCAUAUACUCUCGAUUUCAAGAUCUCGCAUGAAUGCAAGAGCGGCACCUGUCCAUCGCGCACUUUCCCCGGCGUUUGGGAAGUCCCGUUGAACACUCAUUAUGUGGAGGGCUAUGAGGGCGGGCAUUGUCCGUAUUUGGAUCAGUGUGUGUUGCAUAAUCUGGAUGAGGAUGAGGUGCUACAGUGGCUCCAAGAAGACUUCUCCCGUUACUAUGAACAGAAUAAGGCACCCUAUAUGAUGCCAUUCCACACCAAUUGGUUCCAGACCAAACCCCUGGAGAAUGGUCUGCAUAAAUUCCUGGAUUGGGCCCUCGAAUUACCCGACGUCUAUAUCCUGACCGUCACCCAGAUGCUGCAGUAUAUGACCGAUCCCAAGGAACUGCGUGACAUUAACCAAAUUGAGGCGUGGAAAUGCGACAAGAGUGUGGCUGUGGCACCGAAACCUUGCAACAUUUGGCAAACUUGUGCUUUGUCCUUCAAGAUACCCGAACAGAAUCUGACGGAUACGCGUUACAUGGAGACAUGCCGGGAAUGCCCCAAUGUCUAUCCCUGGCUGGGUGAUGCCGGCGGUACAGGAAUACCCGGAAAGGAUAACUACAUUUUCAAUGUUGGUCGUGAAGAAGAUGAACCCGAAGAAUCUAGUUAAACCUUUUCCUUAAAUCUGUCUUCUAAAUAAUAUACACUUUUUUUUCUGUUUUGACUUUGUCUCCAAUUAUUUUUUUGUUGAUUUUUUUCCAUCAGUAAAAGUGCCAGUGAAAUAUAUUUUCUUUAUUCCUAUUUCGAAAUACUCCAGAACUUUUCCCCAAAUAGUUCUUAAGCGAAAUUGUGUCAAAUUGUUCUUAGUUUUUAAGCAAAGACAAAACAAAU